AUCUGUGUUAAGCAAGCGUAAGGACAAACGGGAAUGAAGUUAAAGUGCUGGAAUUUGUUUAAGAAGAAAAGCAUUAUUCAAUAACAUUUUUGCUUUCAUUUUCAACAAAAUUUUCAAUUUCAAAUUUUCUUUGAAGUAGCUCAGUUUAUAUUUUCGUUUACUCGGAAAUCUUGUUUUGCAUUUGCAAGACAGGCACAACUAAUAUUUGGAGUGGUCUUGUUGCGUAAAAGUGACUUGCAGGCGUGAUGGAAGAUCUUACCAAAAACAUAAUCUUCACAAAUGCUAUAAAUGGGCAACCAGCUACAAUUCAGUACCAGACGGCAGAUGGCACGAUUCUUAAACAGCCUAAGAUUGAGGGUCAAAAAGCGGAGCAGCAGCCUACAUUUUAUUACACGACAAAUGGCAAUAAUGGAACUGUCAAUCUUGCACAGCUGGCCACCACGGAUGAGAACAAGACGUGUUACAUAGCCCAGCCUGUUGGCGGCUACAACUACGCCCUGGUCAAUGGGAUGCCACUCAAUCAGGGCGCAGCACUAGGCAUCGCCACGGUGGACGCUCAAGGACGCAUCCAGAUCGUUAAUCAGAACAAGCCAAUAGCAGCUAACACCAUAUCCAACAUCAGCUUCAAAUGUGAUGUCUGUUCGGAUAUGUUUCCCCACCUUGCCCUUCUCAACGCCCACAAGCGGAUGCAUACAGAGGGGGAACAGCAGCAACAACAACAGCACAACACCCAGCAAGUAGGCAGCGACUCGAUAGCCGUGGUAAGCGCCCAGGGUAUAGUGCAGGCACAGAACAUCAUUGGAAAUGGACAAAUGGGCCAGAUCCAGAUAGUGUCUUCCGACACGCUAGAGCCAGUGCAGCAAUCAGUGAUGCAACAGCAAGAAUCUAAGGCGAACAAAUGCAUAAUCUGCGGUAAUUCCGUCCAUCAGCAGUCCAAACGCAAAGGACCAAAGCAGGUGCGUUGUGAACCCUGCAUGCAGGCGGAACAAGCGGCACAACAACAGCUCUUUGUGGCACAGGACGGUCAAAUGGCGCAUCCCGUGCAGAUCAUAUCAACCACACCUCAGGCCCAAGCACAACUGCAGCAAAUUGUAGCUGCGCAGACAGGCGGUUCGACGCCCAAACGUGAACCAAGCAGUGGGUCUGGCCAUCACCCAGUAAAAAAGCGAAGUUCCCAACAGAUGGCAAAAUGUCAGAAGUGCAAUGGCUCUGGCGUUGUACUGGUCGGGCAGCACCACCACCCCGGACAUGCCGGAGCGGGUGGAUCAGUAAAGCAAUCUGUUACUGUCAAGACUGAGUGUUCGUCGUGCAGGAAUCCGUCGAAACCGUUUAGUUGCAAUAUAUGUGGUGGUCUUUUCUCACGUUACUCAAGUCUUUGGUCACACAAAAAACUGCACAGCGGCGAAAAGAACUAUAAGUGCAGCAUCUGCGGAUUGGCCUUUGCAAAAGCCGUUUACUUGAAAAACCAUGCUCGUAUUCACACAGGCGAAAAACCCUAUAAAUGUCAAACAUGUGGCAUGCAAUUCUCACAGUCGCCCCAUCUUAAGAACCAUGAACGCACGCAUAGCGGCGAACGACCCUACGUGUGCGGAGUGUGCGAUAAAGGAUUCGCGCGCCAUGCUACUCUUUGGAACCAUCGGCGCAUUCACACUGGCGAGAAGCCGUACAAGUGUGAAAUUUGCGGCUCAGCUUUUUCCCAAGCGGCGCACCUUAAGAAUCAUGCAAAGGUGCAUUCUGGUGAGAAGCCCUACAAAUGCGAGAUUUGCUCGGCAGCGUUUGCUGAUCGUUUCGCUCUUAAACGCCACCGCGGCAUACACCAAAAGUACGGCCAAACGGCGCCGCGGCAGACUAGUAGUGAUGGAAUGAUAGUGCACAAGCAGGAGAUUCCUGACAUGGAUGACGAAGCCCAACAGGAGGUGAUCAUUGGAGGGUUAUAGAUAAUACCAACAAAAAUUGGCUCGUCGGCGGAUCAGUAUCAUGCCCUUUACAACUGAUCCACGAAGGCUACUAUAUGGGCUGCCUCCCCCACCCAUACCAGCCUCGGAUCCAACAAAGAGGACAUUUUUUUCUCCACAGAACUAUUGAAGGGGUACACCAACGAUUCUCCAUCUUUUAGACUACAAACUAUGCAUCGCAUAUUUUUUUUUACUCCAGAUUUCUUAUAGACUCUAAAAUUGGGCGAAAUCCAAACACGCUUAAUUUAUUUUGUAAAUGUGAAAAAAACAUAAAUAAUUUUAGUACCUUUAAGUGUUAUGUUACAGACUAUUCCUUUAUACAAAUAGUAGGUUUAGUUAAAGAAUUAUUUAGAGUCGGUGCUGGCGAGAGGAAAGAAGCCGGUACUUAAGAAUCUUCACAGUAAGGUUUAUAAAAAAUAGAUGUAUAUAUAAGUACAUGUAACUUAAUUUUUAUAUAUGUAUAUGUACACUAUUCGGCAUAAGUAUUAAGACGAAAAAAAGUUAAAUAUACUCAUAAUUUGAACUUAUUU